AUGAAUUUAUUCCACAAGAUUAGGGAAGUUGUGGCCGCUUUGGAGUGCCCUAAGAAAUUUACUCUUAAAGAUUUGAUAAAGCCUGACUCGGACCGGACUGAGUUGUUCCUCACCGGAGCUACCAAAGACCAACCGCCAGAUAACCAUCGGAGGCACCACCGAGCGUCACGCGUUAUUGGAACUGGGACGUUAGGAUGUGGGAGUACCAUUGUGGAAGGAGAGGACUUUAUAGCUGAGAACAUCACUAUUGAGAAUUCUGCACCUAAGGGUUCAGGUCAGGCUAUGGCAAUUAGAGUGACUGCAGAUCGUUCUGCAUUUUAUAAUUGCAGAUUUCUUGGGUGGCAGGCUAGCUCAAACCAAGGACUAAUUUAAUGACCUUCAGCUUGGACAGUAUAGAUGAGAGAGCUUGAUUCUUAUUCCCUUUCAUGUUCACUAUGUACUCAUGUUACUUGAUGGAUCCAAGUUUACUUUGACGAGGAAAGGAGAUGAACCUUGCACUUUCAAGCUUUGACAUGGUCAGUGAAUUCUUGAACUACGAUAUCAUCUUAUCACAAGAUUAUGCAUUACAUU